AUGGAGGCACAGCCCUGGAGAAGGUAUGUCAUAGCGUUGCUUCUUUUUUCGGCCGUGGUUCCCUCAACCACUUCGGUGAAUCAUUAUUCGAUUCCAGAGGAGCUGGAAGUUGGAUCUGUCGUUGCUAAUUUGGCUUCUGAUUUAGGACUCGACGUGACAACAUUGGCAAGGCGAAAGGUGCGAUUAGAUAUAAUUGCCAAUAAGAAAUAUUUGGAGGUGAACAAAGACACAGGAGAGUUGUUUAUUUUGGAGAGGAUUGACCGUGAAUAUCUUUGCAUAUCAAAAUCUACUUGCUAUCUUAAAAUGGAGGUGAUUUUGGAUAAUCCUGUACGCAUAUUCAACAUUGAAAUAGAAAUACAGGAUAUUAACGACAACGUUCCAUAUUUCCGCAGAGAUACGAUUAAUUUGGACGUGUCAGAGUCUACCCCUGCAGGUGAAAGAUUUUCAUUGAGCAAUGCAGUAGACCCGGACAUUGGGUCAAAUUCAAUAAGGACGUAUUAUUUGAGUGAAAGUGAUCAUUUUGAAAUUGAAGUACAGACAGGCAGAGAUGGGUCAAAAUUUGCUGAUUUAAUUCUGAAAAAGCCUUUAGACCGCGAGGAGCAAGCUGUGCAUAAUCUAAUGCUAACUGCUGUAGAUGGCGGAAAGCCUUCUCGCUCUGGGACCGCAAGCAUUAUUGUCCGUGUACUAGACACGAAUGAUAACGCCCCUAAAUUCGACAAGGAAAGUUAUACUAUUAAUUUAAGCGAAAAUUCGCCAAUUGGGAGUCUGGUUGUCAAAUUAAAUGCAACUGAUUUAGACGAAGGAACAAAUUCGGACAUAAAUUAUUCAUUUAGUUUAUAUACUUCAGAGAAAACCCAAGAGACCUUUACAUUAAAUCCUAAUAAUGGGGAGAUCAGAGUGAAAGAAAUGAUUAACUAUGAGGAUUUUAAGAUAUAUGACAUGGAGAUAUUAGCUACAGAUAAAGGUACAAAUGCCUUGUCAGGAAAGUGCAAAGUAAGAAUUAUAAUUACAGAUAUGAACGACAAUCACCCGGAAAUUUCCAUAAAGUCGUUUACUAGUCCAGUUAAAGAAGACAUGGCUGUAGGUACAGUGAUAGCAGUAGUUAGUGUGAGUGAUAAAGACUCAGGAGAAAACGGUCAAAUCGAUAUUCAUAUUUCUGAUGAAUUGCCUUUUACGCUUAAAGAAUCAUCUGAUAAUUAUUUUGAGCUCGUGGUGUCAGAACCGUUAGACCGUGAAAAGGUUCCAGAGUAUGACAUCACAUUCACCGUCACAGACAGAGGAAACCCUCCGUUAUCUGAUAAUGAAACUAUGACUUUAGAGCUGCUGGACGUUAACGACAACGUUCCUCAGUUUCCACAGUCAUUCUACACCAUACAGGUUGUGGAAAAUAACGCCCCAGGAGCUUUAUUGAGCUCCCUCACCGCACACGACCCAGACCUCCAUGAAAAUCAGUAUCUAGUGUAUUUCAUAGUAGAGAAGGAAAUAGCGAACACCUCCAUGUCCAUGCUGUUCUCCAUCAAUCCAGAGAACGGGAACCUUUACGCACUGAAGACGUUUGAUUAUGAGAUAGAGAAGGAGUUCCUUUUCCACAUCGAGGCCAGAGACUCUGGCAUUCCUCCACUUAGCAGCAACGUGACCGUUCAUAUCAUUAUAAUGGACCAGAACGACAACACACCGCUUAUAGUGUCUCCAUGGCGCGCGCACGGCUCAGUGGUGGAGGAAAAAAUCCCGAGAUCCACCGAUAAAGGAACUCUGAUAGCCAAAGUGAUCGCUAUUGACACCGACUCGGUGCACAACUCUCGCAUCACCUACCAGUUUCUCCAGAACACCGAUGCUACAUUGUUCAGCUUGGACCAGUACAACGGAGAGAUCCGGACCAUGAGGAUGUUCAGCUACAGAGACUCGCGCCACCAACGGCUGGUGGUGAUCGCCAAGGACAACGGAGAGCCCUCGCUCUCUGCUACAGUCACCAUCAAACUGUCCACGGUGGAGACCGCGCUGAAAACCUAUGCUGACUUGACUGAAGUGCCUUUAGAGUAUGACAUCUUUUCAGACCUGAACCUGUAUCUGGUGAUCGGACUGGGCUCGGUGUCAUUUCUCUUACUGAUCACCAUAUUGGUGACCAUCGUGCUGAAGUGUCAGAAACCGAAGCCCAGCAAAGCAGCUCCUCCCUGCAGGAACAGUGUGAUCAGUGAGAGGAACUCCACCAUCGCCGAUUCCACGCUGGUGUCCAACGAUGCCUACUGGUACAGUUUGUUUCUAGCAGAGACGAGGAAAGGGAAGCUGGUAGUUAGGCAGCCUGUGCCAAAGGGGGCGCGGUACAUCGUGUCCAGUAUACCCAGGAGUACUGGCGUGACCGAGACUAGUGACUCAGCUGCGUCCACUCUGCAGGUAGGAAGAUAA